UAUUGGCCCAUCCAUGUAAUCAAACUCUUCUUCAACUCAAUCCUGAUAAACCCUUUGGUGCCAUACUACUUUCUUCCUCCGCCGCUCUCUUUCUUGUUCAGAGCCCAAAGAAUCAACUCUUGGGGUUCUCCUGCGUCAGCUCCAAUGGGAAAGGGAACUGGGAGUUUUGGUAAACGAAGGAACAAGACCCACACUCUUUGCGUGAGAUGCGGCCGCCGUAGCUUCCAUCUCCAGAAGAGCCGUUGCUCUGCCUGUGCUUUCCCUGCUGCCCGUAAGAGGAAAUAUAACUGGAGUGUUAAGGCAAUCCGAAGAAAGACCACUGGAACUGGUAGGAUGAGGUAUCUUCGCCAUGUUCCUCGUAGGUUCAAGACUGGUUUCAGAGAAGGUACUGAAGCAGCACCGAGGAAGAAGGUUGCAGCAGCUUCGGCUUAAGUUGGCUAUGAGGUUGUUUUGAUGAAUCCAUCUAUUUUAGUAAAAGUUUUAUGGGAACAUUACAUGAGAAAUGUCAUUUAUUACAUUGGAUGCUUUUAAAUAUUUGUAGUUUCUAUUUUCAUGUAGCUGCUUAGGCUAUUGUUGCUUGACACUUAAUUACUGGAUAUUUUUGUGGAUGAAGUUAAUCAUGUGCUUGUUUCGGUUA